AUGUCAGGUAUUCUCUCGUAUAUCCCAGGCGCGAGCCUGCUCGUGGGCCGACCUAAGAAGGCCAUUGAUUUGCCAUCCGUGGAAAUCCAUCACAUUGAAACACAUGCCGAUAGGCGGGCUCGCUGUCUUAAGCACUUACUGAAGGCGAAUCAUGCGAACUACGCCAUACUUUGGAACGAUCUCCGGUUUGACAAUCACAAUGUUCACAUCCUCAGCUCAGCAUAUCUUCUUGGAGCAAAUGAAAAGCAGCUGCAUGACAUUUACAAUGACGAGAUCAAAGACCUGGUGCCUUGGGAGCCGUCGCCUUCCGAGCUGAUUGACGAGGACUGGAGGGACUUUCUGGGGGAUAAAGAGUAUCAAAGGGCCUUUGUGGAUUACUAUGAAGAUAAGCUCGCCAUGGAGUUUGCCUACGACUGGAAACAGGAAUUGCAACAUUUUCUGUUUAGUGGCGAAGAGCCGUUGUUCCAUGGCUUGAUAGGCGGCCUUGGCCAUCCGCUCAUUCACCUGGGCUAUGCAUAUGAGGUGGAUAGCAGAGAGGUCGCCAUGGAGGCGCUUGCUCUCACCUCCGUCCAGUACAACUUUUUCCACAAGUAUCUCGACAAUGGCUCAUAUACGAAGCCAUCCCCGCUGAAGUCGCGGGCCCCAUUGGAUCUCCUGGUCCAGAUGUCUAAGGAUAGUAGAUUUGACAAAGUACCGGAAGAUCUUCCGCUUAAUGACUUGGAAGCACUUCUCGACAAGAAUGAGUCGCUCCUCCUGGAGUACUGGAACGGAUGGGAUCUUGACGAGGACCCCAAGAAACAAUUUGAGCUGUCCCAAGAGGCAGCUGUCGCGUUGCUCGUGGCUACUGUCCAGCCAGGAACCCACGCAUAUGACUUCUACUUCGUUCACUUGCUAACCACUAGCCACGCUGUCCGGAUUCUUCUCCCGUUUCUGCCACCCAAACACCACGUUACGCUGGUUAGAGAAUGGUGGUUAUUCGUGUUGGCCGUUUUCAUCAUCAAGGACCGGCCAUUGCCAGAUCCUGAUAGUGUUGAGAGUGAUUUGAAAGGAAAGAAUUGGAAAUAUGUGGAAGACAAAGCAUUGAAUUCGCCAUGGUCGAAGGAUGCACACUUUGUCAAAGCGAUACGAGCUAUAAGAGAGGCUGCUCGCACAUGGGGUGAUGUUCACGAGCGCUAUCUUCGAGCUGCAGUGACUUUUGUGGACAACUUCUACGCAUUGAUGCCUGUGUCGAGCUCCUUCAGCUUGAGCUAUCACGGUAGCGACUGCCUAAUGCCAAACAGUGCUAAUUUAUCAGCGCUAAUCUCUUGCACUAUAUCAGGCCCAUGCUGCACUCUUAAUACCUUAUCAGCCCCUCCUAUCGCUGCUGCUGGGUUGAUUUCUUACUUGUAUCCUGCCUCACACUCCCGACUUGCAUGGAAUCUUCACAGCCCGGAUGAUUCAGUCGCGUUAAUGGCACCGCCUGCGAAGCGUCGCCGGCGGAAUACCGUUGAGGCGUCCCAGGAUGAAGACGAGCAGCCAAAGGCCAACACCUUGACUAAUUUCCUUCUAUCUUCGCCAAACUCACCGGCAAAGCUACGAGCGCCCACUUCGUCUCCAAGUCCCGUGAAGAAAAGGACGGCCAAUGGCCAAUCCUCUAGCAAUGGCAGCCCUCUUCGGCCGUCGCGAUCGCUAAAGAAUGGCACGAGUUUCAGCAGCCCUAAGAAGACCAGGGCUGCAAGCAAGGUUGACGACAAGGCAAAGACGGCAGACUUGAAGACGCUCUUCUCCAAGCAGGCACAGAAAGUGGCAAGGCCAGGCUUGGGAACCGACAGAACGACGGAACCGAUAGACGAUCUCAUUACCGAUCCUAUUUCCGACGACGACGAAAUAUCAGAGCUCAAAGCUAGUUCUUCCAGUGUCGUUGGGCAGCAUGUGAGGAAACGAUUGAAAGGCGCUAGCGGCGCUGCCCAUUCCGUGCCCAGUAGCUCACUGAGCAUGAGCCAAAGAUUCCUAAAGCCUAGUCGACCUGCGUCUGCGGAUACACUGAACGAUGAUUUACGGCCUUGGUCGGAACGAUUCGGCCCGCGGAAUCUAGAUGAGCUUGCUGUACACAAGAAAAAGGUGUCUGACGUUAGGAAGUGGAUUGAAGAUGUCAUGGGAGGACGGAUGAGACAGCGAUUGCUGAUAUUGAAAGGCGCUGCCGGCACUGGGAAGACCACGACAGUUCGCCUCUUGGCAAACGACAUGGGAUCUGAGAUUUUGGAGUGGAAGAAUCCUGCCGGAAACUCAACAACUGGGUUUGUGUCGGCAUCCGCGCAGUUUGAGGAUUUCCUCGGGCGAGGAGGCAAGUUUGGGGCUUUAGACUUGGAAGAACCCGAGCCGUCGUCCACGCCGGCAAGCUCAAACAAUGCCUCACAACCCCCCAAUAACAACGGGAAGAAGAUGAUUCUUAUUGAAGAAUUUCCAAACACAUUUUCUCGGAGCUCGACUGCGCUUUCUUCCUUUCGGCGCAGCAUCCUUCAGUAUCUGGCAACACAAACGCCGUCCCUACAUGCCUUUGGACAGCAGAGACGAGUGGAGCCAAUUACGCCUGUUAUUAUCAUCAUUUCAGAGACUCUGCUGACGACCACGUCCGCUUCAGCGGAUAGCUUGACUGCCCAUCGCCUGCUCGGACCGGAGAUUCUGCGCCACCCUGGGGUUGGCCUGAUCGAGUUCAACGCGAUAGCUCCUUCGUUACUAGCAAAGGCCCUAGAACUUGUUGUACAGAAAGAGUCACGAAAGUCGGGACGCAGACGAACUCCAGGACCACUUGUUCUUAAGCGGCUCGGUGAAAUUGGAGACAUUCGUAGCGCUAUAUCAUCGCUCGAGUUUCUCUGCUUGAAAGGAGACCAAGAUGCUGACUGGGGAUCUAAAGUGACGUUUACAAAACAGAAGAAAGGAGCAAAGGAUGGCAUUGCCCUCACACGUGGUGAAGAGGAGAGUCUCGAACAGAUAUCUCAGCGAGAAGCUAGCUUGGGCAUCUUCCAUGCUGUCGGCAAGGUGGUCUACAAUAAGCGGGAUGAUAUGCCAUCCAACGACCCUGCAGAAAAGCUGCCGAGCUAUCUUUCGCAGUAUUCGCGUCCAAAGGCAUCACUGGUGUCUGUCGAUUCACUAAUCGAUGAGACGGGCACCGAUACACAUACAUUCAUCUCGGCUCUUCACGAGAACUACGUACUAUCCUGCGAAGGCACAGAUCCGAUGGAUCUUUCGACUCCCAUGGACUACGUCAACGAAUGUAUCGAGUAUCUUUCGUUGGCCGACUUACUCAGCCCUUCCCGAGAUGUCUUUUUCGGCGGACGUGGCGGGUUCAGUGGAAACUUUGGAGAUUCAGCAAGCCAUGUUCUUCGCCAAGAUGAGAUAACGUUUCAGGUUGCAGUGCGCGGCAUGCUAUUCUCCCUACCCAAUCCCGUUAAAAGAAAGACGUGGACUAUGCAAAAGGGUAGUGAUGCGUUCAAGAUGUUUUAUCCCACCAGUCUCAAGCUUUGGCGAACAAAAGAGGAGAUUGAAGGCCUCAUCGAUGUUUGGUCUGGGAAAGUCUUGAGAGGCGAGGCUAAUCUUCCGUCGAGGAAUAUCAUGGACGGAGCGAGCAUAUUUCGCCGUACCCAGACCUCGGGAACCUCGAACCAGAAGCAAGCGGGCACAGCACCCGUGUCUAAAGAUGCCAACCAAGAGGAAGAAGAGCGCGACAGCUCUCCGAUACCUACGCUGGGUAGCACGGCUCGUCGUGAAUUACUUCUUGACCGGCUCCCGUACAUGGCGCAGAUUGCCCGUGGCCGCAAGACGGGGGGACGGCAGCGAGACCUCGAAAAGAUUGUUUCGUUCUCUGGCGUGAACGUAGCACCGGACGAUGAGUCGGAUGCUAAUGAAGAGGUCGCUAUGGGGGAGACGUGGGCGACAGACAAGCCAUCUGAAGAGGCUACUCCGCGGAAGAAGAGGAUGGGCAUAAAAACUGGCACAGUCACAGGCCUGCUGAAGCAGAAACUGGUUCUGAGUGAUGAUGAUAUUGAAGAUUAA